AUGGCCGAGCCCCAUGCAGCAAGCACGAGCGUGCUCACGGACGCGAGCCUCCUCCGCAGCAUCUGCGCGUACCAGCAUGGCUUCUUCGCCGAGCUGCUACCGCGGCUUCAGGAAUGGCGGGCCAUGACGACGACCAACGUCGGCGGGUUCCUGCAGUACGAGCUGCCACCGCGCUACGCCCUGCUCCUCGGCGAUGACAGUCUUGCCGUCUACGGCAGCUUUACGCUCUACCUCCAUCCGUUUGAGCGCGAUGCGCGGUUUCCGCUGCACCUGGCGAUCUUGGAGGGCCAGCUCCACGUCGUGGCGCGGUUCCUCGAUUGCCGAGGCCGCGCGUGGCUGUCGGCCGACGCCUUUUACCUAGCCGUGCAGCGAGGCCACGAGGCCAUUGUGCGCUACCUCUGCGAGAGGCGUCUGUGUCCGUCCACGGACGGGCCAUGGCGCGAUGCGAUCGCGCUCGCGACCCGGCACAAGCGUGCGCGCGUGCUCUCGCUCUUGGAGGCGGCACAGGAGAACGACGCCAAGCGGCGCCACGUCACCAC